ACCCUCAAAUGGCUAGCUUCUCAGCGGAGAUGCUCAUCUUCCCCAGUGGGAACCCCUUACCAGUUAAAGCUACAUAAUUUUUACAGUUGUGUAAAAUGGGCGAUCGGUUAAUCGAUCAAUCGGUCAGUCGCCAACUAGGGCGCGCUACUCCCCAUCGCCCUCUCAUUAAAGGAGAAUAAUAGCGCCAUAAACCCCAGGUGACCAUGCGGCCCUCGAGCGCUGCAUGGAUUUGCCUGCUGCUGCGCAUCGCGAAUUACACAUGUUACUCCUACCACGUCGGUAGGAGUGACCUGUACGUAGGCAGGGCCCCCCGCCGAAUGACCAAGCUGAGCUACGAAAAUGGAAAGCCGCACAUCGAUGCCGGCGUCGUGAAUUACUUCAAGCAGAUUCGGGAAGAAUUCCCCUUCUUCAAGAGGGAGAACUGCCCCGCGUACUUCGACAGCGCGGCCACCACGCAGAAGCCGGCCUGCGUCAUAGGGAAACUGACCCAAUUCUACUCCAGCGAGAACGCCAACGUCCACCGAGGGAUUUACAAAAUGAGUCUGGACGCGACGAGGAGCUACGAGCAAGUGAGGAAGACGAUAAAGAACUUCAUCAACUGCGAGCGGGAGGAUGAAAUCAUAUUCACGAGCGGCACGACGCACGGGCUGAACCUCAUCUGCAGCAUGUUGAUGGAGAGAGUGAUCAAAAGAAGGCAAGACGAAAUACACCUGACCUACCUGGAGCAUCACUCCAAUAUAGUUCCCUGGCAAGAACAAGUGAAGAGGAAAAAAAAAGGAAAAAUCAAAUACAUCCCGCUGAAGAGUACCGGCUACAUUCACAUCAAGAGGUUACGAAAAAGGAUCAACAGAAACACCAAAGUGGUUUCCAUAAGUCACGUAUCCAACGUGUUAGGGAACAUUCAAAAGUUAACUGCAAUUAUAAAGGCAGUGAAGGAGAAAAAUAAAAAUGCAAUUGUCAUUGUGGAUGCUGCCCAAAGUUUUGCACACAUAAGAUAUGACCUCAGACGGAUGGAAGCAAAUAACUGUUGCCCGGAUGUGCUAAUCGCUUCAGGACAUAAAUUUUGUGCCCCUUUGGGCUGUGGUUUUAUGUACUUAAAAAACACCUUAACAUGUUCAUACAAAUUUAAACCACUUUUGUACGGAAGCAACAUGAUAACAACUGUUGGGAAAUACGAAUCGGAGUUUGAGUCCCCUCCGCAGCUCUUCGAGUCUGGCACGCAGAACAUCGCGGGGGUCAUUUCCAUGGGGGUGGCCAUCAACUUUUUGGAGAGGAUCGACCAGCGCCUUCUGUGCCGCUACGAGAUGUUCCUCUACGACAUGCUCGUUUAUCACUUGGGCCAGCAUUUGCAGCGGGGCUUGGUGCAGCUCCCAGGGGGCGUUAGCGAGAGCGGCGGAAGUAGCGGGGGAAGCGGGGGUAGCCGCCCGACCGACCCGUGCAGACUCUACAUCCACAACAGCCGAAGGGGCGGGGGAAAGAAAGUGCCCAUCCUGCCUCUAUGGUCGGACCAGUUCUCCUCCUUCGACUUGGUGACCUUCCUGGAUUUCAAGAACGUUUGCAUCCGGUCUGGCCACCACUGUGCGUCUCUGCUGCUGAAGGAGUUCUUGCGCAUACCCGACUGCGCGCGCGUUUCGCUUUUCUUUUACAACACCCCCGAGGAGGUGCAGUUCCUGGCCGAGCAGAUCGCGUCCAUUGCGAGGAUGCUGAGUGGGAUGAACAGGGGGGGGGUGAAGUAG